CAGAUUAGAUAAAAUGACUCAAAUUGGGAUGAAAUCUACUAAUCUAGAUACCGCCGACGUACGAAAAGAAUCUUGAUCAAAUUGUUUAGUCGACAGGACCCGACCCGGUAUAUUCAUCAUUGGUCUCUGAGUAAUCUUUUCAAAGUUCACUUCUCAGCCUCGAUGAAUUCGACUCUUGAAGCACCUUCUGCUAACAGUCCGGUUUAACUUCAUAGAAAGUGAAUCCGUCAGCAUUCCAUGUCUUCCUCUCUGCUUCUCUCCCGGCCUCCUGGUCCGGCCACCGCCGGCUACUGUACUGAUGCUUCUAUUGGGUUUCAAAAAUCAAGUUUUCUUUCCACCACAAAGCUGAUCUUUGCACCCUCCAGGCCCAACCGUAGAACUAAGAAGAGCGGAUUGGUAGGAGGUUGCUCUUACCGGUCUCCCGUAGCUUCCAAGUCAAGCAACCACAUACCCAAACAGUUCCGAGGGGAGAAUCUCAAAGAUGGGUUGAUGGAAAAUUAUGAAAAUGUUCCUCAGUCCCUCUACGGCCUUACUCCAUCACAGAUGAACAUCUUCAUGAAAGAAGACAAUCCUGUAAACAGGCAAUCUAAAAGUGUCAAUGAGGAAAGCAUAUCGUCAAGGCACAAUUAUCUGAGCAAAUGUGGGCUGUGGACCGAUGAUGGACCUGAAAUGCAGAGUAUGAGUAUGUCCAUGUACAGUAGAAUGGCUGGUGGGCCCAUUGGCAGAUACGAUUCUGAGCCUCCCGAUUUGCCAUCAGAGCUUCUUAAAGCUCGAAUUGUGUAUCUUGGCAUGCCGAUUGUGCCAUCUGUUGCUGAGCUUGUUCUUGCUCAGUUAAUGUGGUUAGACUAUGAAGAUACUUCAAAGCCUAUAUAUCUUUAUAUAAAUUCAUCUGGCACUCAGAAUGAAAAGAGGGAGUUGGUUGGUUCAGAAACAGAUGCAUAUGCAAUAGCUGACUCCAUUGGCUUCUGCAAAUCAGACGUGUACACAGUGAAUGUUGCUAUGGCACAUGGUCAAGCAGCUAUGCUUUUGGGAAUUGGGAAGAAAGGCUACCGAGCUGUACAACCACAUGCUUCCACGAAACUGUAUCUGCCUAGUGUUAGCAGAUCAAGUGGACCUGUCACUGAUAUGUGGAUUAAGGGAAAGGAGCUGGAAGCAAACACAGAUAGUUACUUGGAUCUAUUGUCAAUGAGUGUGGGUAAACCAAAGGAAGAGAUCGAGAGAGAGAUUCGGCGGCCUAAAUAUUUGUCGCCACAAGAGGCCAUUGACUAUGGCCUUGCAGACAGGAUUAUUCAACCAGAAGAUGAUGCCUAUGAUAAGCCUGCUGAUGAUAUGCUUGCCCGGUCAAUAGCAAUGAGGAGGGCAGCAGCAGCGGGGCGGGGGGCACCUACUGGCUCUGGGUAUAAUAGAGGUAGGUAGAUAAGCAACCACAACCCAACCAUUGACCAAGCCUUCAUUACUAUACUACAAUUGAGUUCUUUUUUAGCACAAAAAAUGGAAUGGGAUCUUUAUGCGUCUGUUCCUAGUUGUGAUCCCUUAGGAGUAUCUGGGAUUGAGGCCUCUGUCCAAUGAACUUACCUUUUUUUAUUACACUGUUACUUUAACCACAUGAGUAAGGCAUGUAAAGUAUUGUGAAUGAAGUCCCCUAUGCACUAUUAUUGUGUUUGUCUACAAAAUAUGUAUUGGGGAUACUUUCCCCUUCCUUUUGUUAAGUGUUCUCUCAGCUACGAUCAUUCCAUCAGAAUGAACUGAAUCCAAGUGACUGCUUGGGGAAAGCUCAAGUGCUGAUUGAAAAGCCUAGCAUGUGCUUGUUGCUUGGUGUCCUUGGAGGAGCAAAAUUUUCUAUUUUAUGACUUACUAUCCAAGUUCUGCUCCAGGCUGGCAAUACUUUUAAGUCUUUAACAACAAAUGAAAGAGUGGCAGUUAUAAAUCAACUUUGGAAGGCUAACAAGUGAGAAUGAAUAUUGUAAGAUCAAAAAGCUCAUUUGCUGCUCCUUAUUUGUUAUGGGUCGGGGUGGACUUAAGCACAGAACCAGAUCUGGGCUGGUAAAGUGGUAAGUUUCUUUGCAAAGAAACUGGACUGGGUUUCCAGUUCCAGCUGGACCAGAAAUCAGACCGGUAUGACCAAUUCGAUUUGAUUUCUCUAAAGUAGGACCGGAUUGGUUUUGGCCCCAGAUAUUUGUUUUCCUGGUUUUGAAAAAAUGCUAAAGUACCAGAAUUUGUAUCUCCAAUUCUCCUGAUUACGUGACCCAGGAUUGGCUGGUUCUGAACCACGCUGGGUCUAUCCCUAGUUGUGGGUUUCCCAUUCAACCGCAACAAAUGCUCCGUAGUAACGGGAACAGGACGGUUUUGGUUUCUUUCUGAUUCAAUUAUAUCAUCAUCAUUAUCCCAGUGGUGCAAAGGCUCCCACUUAUGAUCGGGUAAGGGGUUGGAUGUACGCAGUUUUACUUAUGUACUAUAGCGCAAAGAUAUAGUGAAAUCGCGUCAAAAAUUGCAUUGACGGAUUGCUGCUUCAUAACAAAGAAACGUAAACAUUUUGG